AUGGCUUCAGAAAGAAUAUCUGUGCAUUCUCUUCCUGACCUCAAAAACACCUCCGACGAUGCUCUCCCCACCUACCUCAACUCUCUCAAAUUCACCCAGUCGCAUACUCUCUCUGAUACCCGUCUAGCCAUUGGCUACGCCUCUGUCUUGGUCUGUGGUGCCUGCUUCUACUGGGACUAUACAUACGGCUUCGAACCUACAAAGUCAUAUACAGCCAUCGCUGUUGGAAUCUACUUUAUCCUCAAUUCAUUCCUCACAUUUUGGUUAUUCUAUGUUGAGGGAGGAAUCAUAUACAUCGGCACAUCCCCAGACAAGAAACAUAUUAUUGAGAUAUCUACUCAAACCAAAAAGCAUCAACCAAUUUACAACUUGACAUUUAAGAUUUAUGAAGCGGCAAAGGGCAGAUCUGGACAACCAAAGGAAGAGAGAACUUUGAGGAAACCAUUUAGAGAAUGGUUUGAUGGGAAGGGACAGUUCAUUGUGCAGCCAUUUCAGGAGAUGUUGGCCAGUAAUAUCUCGGUGAUUGGAGCUGUCGAUGAAAAGAGAGUGGUUAAGAAAGAGAAGAAGGUUGAGCAAGAAGGACAGGUGGACCAGAGUAUAGAUGAUAAGUGGGCGGCAUUACUGAAGGAGAGCAGCGGGGAAGUUGGGACUUCUGGAGCAAAAAAGGUAACAGUGGGGAAGAAGAGAAGCAAGAAGGUAUGA